AUGACUAUUGAUACAACUCGCCGUCAUAAAUCCAAACCGAUUGGUGAUGUUAGCAAGCAUAGUUAUAUCAAGAAUGAAAAUGAAAUCUUUCUAUCGAUGAGUACAAUAUUUCGAAUUGUCUUUGUUGAUAUUGAAAAUAAUGUUUGGAUUGUAAAACUCAUAUUUAUGGAACAAGAAGAUAAAAGAUUAAUUGAACUUAUUGAUUAUCAAAAAAUGAUACUGAGAGAAAAAGAAACGGCGGUGGUUUUCGAAAGAAUUUUACAAGAUAUGGCAGAAAUGGAAAAAGCAAAACGUUAUUAUAAUCUUAUACUAGAAAGUUCGUCAGAGGAUAGUGUUGAAGUUUCAUCUAUUUAUAAUAAUCUUGGUGCAAUGGCCAAGGAUGAAUACAAGUACGAAGAAGUACUAAAUACUUAUGGAAAAUCAAUGAAUAUAAAUAAAAAAAUUUUAUCCAAAAUUCAUCCGCAUACCGCUAUGUCGUAUAAUAAUAUCGUUGAUAUUUAUGAUGAUAUGGGUCAAACUCAAAAAUCGGUAGAUUACUAUGAAACAGGGCUUCGAAUUCUUUUUCAGCUACUUCAGAUUUCUAAUCAUCCAAAAACGAUUGAGUGCAUUACUGAUAUCAUUAAUAAUCUUGGCGUAUUGUUCAUCAAGAUCGGCAAUCACGAACGCGCUCUUUCUUAUCUGAAUAAAGCGCUUGAAUUCAAACAAAAGUGUCCACCGAUCGUUCAUCCCAGCUAUGUAAUGUUAUUUUAUAAUAUUGGUCAUUGUUUUGAACAGAUUGGUAAUGAUAAGCAAGCUUUAAUUGUCUAUGAGAAAUUACUCGAAAUAUGUAACCAAUCAUUGCCAGCAAAUCAUUCGCAAACAGCAACAGUUCUUUCGAAAAUUGGUGACUUAUAUUAUAAUAAGUCGAAUUGGUCAACAGCAAUAAAAUAUCUUAAAAAAGCAUUGGAAAUCAAUAAAAAUAUAUUGCCAAAGGGAGGUCAUCCGGAUCUGAUUAUAGACUACGGUAAUUUAGCAUCAACUUAUUCUCAUCUAGGAGAGGGUGUGGGUGUGGGUGUGGGUGUGGCUGGGUGUGGGUGUGUGGGUGUGGGUGUGGGGUGUGGGUGUGGGUGUGGGUGUGGGGUGGGGUGGGUGUGGGUGUGAGUCGGACUCAUGUUCGGAAUUCGUCCCACACCUACACUCACAAAAUUUUUUCCAUGUGUUAAAAAUGAAAAAACGACGUUUUUACAUUUAAAUAAUGCGUGGGAUAAUUAAUGUUAACUAAACAGUACUUCUGUGUUCUCUUUGUACUCUAACCUCUAACCGUAUAGAACCAAUCUUCGUAAUCGUGCUGUUUUUUAAGGUGGUAUUUUAAUAUCACACUUCGAUGUAUCCGGAAUAUUGAUGUGAGAAAAUUUGAAAUAGGAGUAGGUGUAGAUGUGGGUAUGAGUCCUCUUUUCACUCACACUCACCCCACACAGUCACACACCCACACGCACAUCCCAACUUCUAAGUUUAUAUCCCUUGAUCAAUAAAACUACGGAAAUCAUAAACACUAGAAAAAUUGAUCAACUUUAGUGCCUCAAAAAAACUAAUAAAAAAAAUAUGCAAAAACCGUUCAAAACGGGUCGAUUUUUAGAGUUCAACCGGGCCAGAUCGGUAACCGGCCGCUCUACUGUCGGUUUGCGGAUCUAGUUUCAAGUAUGAUUCUGACAGCUGAAAACUUUCACAGAAGCUGUACAAGGAAUUUAAAAAAUUAAUUUUAGACAUGUGUUUGUAUAUUUUCUUCUCUCUAUAGACUUGAAAUUAUUCCGUCUAACUGUCUUUUUUUAUGACAGCGUUUUCUUUUAGAUAUUGAAAAGUUUUGCGUGCUUCUCAUACGAACAUAAACGAAACUUGACACUAUUUUAUAACAACUAUGGAUUAUAUAUUAUGACCGCCAUUUGUAUAGUCAAAUGACAUGUAUUCACUAGAAGAGAAUCGAAUUUCUUGUUAGAAUAAAUACUUUUCAUUUAAUGAGCAUACAUAAUUAGUACAACACAUCAGACUGCUGUGAUAACGAAGCCAUACGACACCACACUAGCUGAGGCUGUCAGGUAAGUAAGCUUACAGACCAUGGUAUCAUCCUCUAUACUGGAUAUAUAUCCUACAUCUCUGUAUUUUCUUUAUCUCCGAUCAACCAUGUAAAAACUGAAAUGAGUUUUCAGGGAAAUCAAUAGGAAACGUGUAAUUGCCCAAGUCAUUCACACAUAACCUACAACUUUUUGCACAGGUCAUGAUACAUCUCAGUGUGGGCCGAAGUCUUUGUACUCACUGUUCCGAAUCGCUGUGUGACUGGAACUUUUCGUCUUCACGUUCCCAGAUUGAUGAGCACCGUGAGGCAUUAUGCCGCCUGUCUUUCGUAUUACAGUGUAGUGUUAAAGUUCGUGCAUAACAUUUUCACAUAUGAUAUUGCCGCGCGCGAAACACUAGCAUGCCUACACUAACGUGUAAAAUUCUUUUAAUGAAGAUCAAGUCAUAAAAACACACAGGACGCAUCCCCUGAGUGAAGAUGAAAGUGGAAACACGCGCACAAUGCAAGCCAGAUCUGAUAGCCUCUUAUAGAUUCUUAUAGGUCUGGCUAUAUCUUAGUAGAGUUUGCAUACCUGAUAAACCAAAAUACAUCUUGACAGGUUUCAUCGAUAAACCUUUCCUACGAAGAAAUGUAAAAACUUUGAAUUAUUUUGUAAUUUAUCUUCCUCAUGAACUCCAUAUUAUUGGAUUAAUUAAACUCACUAGUAUGAAUACAAGAAUAAUUUUCUAUUUCUAUCUUAUUUAAUUCACGAAUAUGAAUUGAAAAGGUCAUCAAGAUCGUAGGAAUUAAAAAUCGUCACAAAACAUAAAAAAAUUAUUGACUUGAUAAGAAGCCAAUAGAAAACUGUAUUUUAUGCGAAAGUGUCAGGCAAUCUCAAAGCUAUCGUGGCUAUCCUCACAGAAAAAUGCUAGACUAGAACUAUUUGGUCUCUUCUUUACGCUUCGCUGUGGUAUGUCGUAAGAAGUAGUUCAGGCUGACUUCAAGAAAGUGUUAGAUGACGCGAAAUUUUUUACCUUUAUCCUCAUCGGCAUGAAUAUUUUACUAUUGUGUCGGUAGCAUUUUUGUACAUAUUGUCAUCAAAAUCUUAGUUACUUUAUGCUGAUAGUUCAACGCUCGUCGCCUGAUUAAUUAAACAUAAUGUAUAGUCAUGGCAAAAAAGCCAGCAAACUAAUUAUGUAAUAUAUAGACAUUAUCAAUGAAGUGAGGCUAAUUAAAAUAAUAGAUAAAAAUGAGAUAGAGACAAAAAAAUGAAUCAAAGAAAUUGUUAACUAAAAAAUAUUUAUCACUCGAUCGUCCAAAAGAAAAAUCGAUCAUUGUGAUCGAUUUCAUGUCUGUCUCAAUCGUGUGUAAUUUACAGAUCAUAUUGGCACUAUGUGUGUGUUAUUUAAUAGACUUGUUUCUAUUUUUGACGUUAUUCUAAUAAAUUACUCAUAAUGUCGAGAUAAACAAAAAUUCGAUGUAUGGAGAAAAUUUUGUGUUGAAGUGCUGUUGUGUAUGGAACACUGUUUGCUAGUUUCAUCAAAUGAUUUGUUUUUUUCUUACCUUAGCAGCAAGGUAAAUUUGUUUAUUUCUUAACUUUUCUUAUUUUGCAUAUUUUUCUUUUCUUCUUUUCAUUUUUUCUUACUGCAUACUCUAUCACGAACAGAUCUAUACAAGAUGUGCACAGAAAGUUACAUACCAGAAUACAUGUACACGAAAUUAUAUACUUCAGUAAUUUGCACAUGGUGAAUUUUGCGCACGAAAUAAAAAAAAAUACAUAGCUGAAUAGAUAUCGAAAAGCAAAAGGAUGUAGAAAAAAAUUAAACUGGUUUUUAUUUUAAAACUCGUCAUAUGUUAUACCCAUAUAUAUAUAUAUAAAUAAAAAGUCUAAAAAAAUGUCUAUAGUUAUUCUUCCAGGACGAGCAUUACGACAGUCGUAAACGAUCGUAUAGGACGCUAUACGACCACUGUGAACGAUCGUACACAGUCGUAUACCAUGUCGUUUAUCAUCGUAUUCCACAGAACUUUUUCGUAUCUCCCCUCAGCGACAAUACCUACCAGCUAUUUGUAUAAAAAUGUACAUCAUUUAAUUUUUAAUCCAUUGAUAUUUACAUUUGGAGAAGCUGUUCAAUCGAACCUAAAUAAAAAAAACCAAAAAUAAUAAUUGAUAUUUUAAAUUCAUAUUCACAUUUCGAUCAGCUGUUGAGUCGAACCUAAAUAAAAAAUAAUAAUAAUUUAUAUUUUAAUUUGAUACUCCCAUUUCGAAAAGCUGUUGGAUCGAACCUAAAUAAAAAAAAAUAGUUCUAUUUAACACUUUGAUUAUCAGUUAUAACGAUUAAUCACAGGCUUUGGAUUGUUAUCUUUUGGUGCAUAACUGAAAAAAGACAGAUUGAAAAAUCAAGCUAGAACUGGAUAUUAAUGGCUUAUGCCGAAGCGAAAAUAGUUAAAUCAAUGUGCAAUUUUCUCGAUAGUUCGAAGAAUACUUCUAACACGUCGAUUGGACAGAAUCUAAGUGCAAUAAAAAGAUUCAAUAAAACGUAGACUAGUUGAUGUGUGUGCUGGGUGCAUCUGAUAACAUAUAUCUGUAGGCGAAAAUAGGGUGUGACUGUAGCUGUGAGUAUUUAUUAAAGGAAGACCCACACCCACAUCUCCUUAGUAAUAAUAAUGAAAAUCAGUUUUAUGGAAUUAAAGAAUUUGAUGAAGCAUAUCCUGCAGAAAAUGCAAUAUAACGGUAUAUAUCUGAGUAUUUUCUAUAUACAAUCGUUAAAUAAGAACUACGAACAGACAAUAUUAAUAUUAUUUUCACUUUUUGAUUUUUUAUAAAAGAUUUCUACGACUAAUUAUUAAACUGUACAUUAAGGGAACGAUUCGACACACUUCUCUUGGUUGUAUUCAUUCUUAGGUCAUAUGACUCGUUCAUAUUUAGUAUGCUGAUAUUGUCAAACGGGUUCGUAAAAACGAUAAAUAUAAAUUUUCUUUAGCACAAUGCAUACAGUCCAUGGAAGAAGAUUGUGAUUAAAUCACCAUUGCUUCAAAUAAAUACGUUGAAUCGGUUUGAAUCAGAUUGUCCAAUUAUAUACAUGGAAGGUAGGUGAUCUUGUAGUCACUGAUUUGGCGUCUCACUCUUUUUAUCAUGUUGCUUCCUAUCCCAGAAAUGUAUUGGAUGAGGGCGGUAUAGGAUCUGCAAAAUUCGAAGAUUUGGCAUUCCGUUAACAAGAUCAAGUACAUUUUCGAGAUUCUUGACUUUAAUUAAAAGUUCUUCACAUUGUUUAGCCAAUGAAGGCUGAAUUAAUAUUUUACAUUCUUCAUCACUAAAAUAUGGAGACUUCUGUUGAUGAUUAUCCAAUGAUAAAUCGAUUCUGCGAAGAUUUUUAUUCGUAUUUCCUAUUAAUGGCACCUGAGAAGAUGGCCAUGGUUGGAUUAUUAAUGAAUAUAGAUUAGGUGAUCGAUCAAGUAAUAAUUGCGAAUACAACUAAGCAUUCAUAUCAGUUGUGACUACAGUAAUUGAAGUUAGAUAGUCAAAUACUGGAACACUUUCCCAAAGAUGCAUGUUGUGCUUUGAACCGAUAGAAAGAUUGCGAAUAUUAGAAAACUGUAUGAAAGAUAGAUGAUCGAGGUAUGAGAAAAAUGUGUAAGAAAGAUUCUUCACUUGAUAAUAUAAAUUAUGAUUGCUAUUGUGAGGGCAAGUUGUUUUAUAUACCUCGCUUAACAUAUUCGAAUGAAGAUCACUGAAUCCGUAUGACAGAGUAUGAAGAAUGAUGACCUUGCGGUUGUUUUCAGAUCUAAGAUGACAACCGAUAUACCAUUGAUGUUUUUCAAGCCAAAAUCUGGAACGAAAUGAAUCGACUAAAUGAUUCAUAUAUCACUCCUUAUUCUUUUUCCCGUCAACUUGAAUAUGCAUUCGAAAAUGAAAAACUUUCAGUUUAAGAAGAUAGUUUUCUAUUAAUUGCUCCCAUUGAUAUCCAUCACAAUCAAUAUAGUAUGUAUCAACUUUCAAAUCAGUUAAAUUAGGCAUAAUUCGUAAAAUAUUCAUCAUCAUCUG